UCCACCAUUUUGAUGGCUGAUAAAACUCUAGAAGAAAAAGAAAAGAAGUUGGCUGAGCAGCGAUCACAGACUGAAGCCGCAGCAAGAGAGAAGGAGAUCCUGGAAAAAGCUAACAUGGAGCUGAAGAGGAACCAAGAGAAGGAGCAGGAGAAUUACAAGCUUCACAUGGAAAUGCUGGAGAAGAAAAUGCUGGAGGAAAGGGAGAAGAUGAAGGAACAGAAUGAGUGGCUGAUAGGAGAGAAACUCAAGGAACAACAAGAGAUGCUGGCCGGGGGCUUCAAAAGGCAAUGUCAAUCGCUGGAGGACGAGAUCAAGCGACUACAAGUGGAGAACAACGAGCCCACGUCAUUAAUGGGAGAAAUCAUCAGCACCAUAUUACCCGGGAAAUUAGGGAAAUUUGUAAAAAAGGUGCUUCUAUAGGAGGAAUAUAUAGUAUAUGCCGUAGGCCUAGUGCAGGGCCUGAGAGGGGGAGGAAUGACCCGAGGAUUCGAAGAUCUUCAAGUCGUGGCACCUACCUCAGACCCUGCGCUAUGCAGAGUGCUCCUUUACACAUAUCUUGUAGCCAAGUAUAAUAAAUGACAAGAAAUACACGUUUACUCA